CACCAGACCCUCGAUGACCUGGACCAACGGGUGAAGGAAGCCGGUUUGGAGAUCACCUUCCGCCAGAGCUUCUUCUCCGACCCCGCCGCGCCCGUCCGCAACCUCAAGCGCCAGGAUGCCCGUAUCAUCGUGGGGCUCUUCUACGAGACGGAGGCGCGGAAGGUCUUCUGCGAGGUCUACAAGGAGAAGCUAUACGGCAAGAAGUACGUCUGGUUCCUCAUUGGCUGGUACGCCGACAACUGGUUCCGCAUCAAGGAUCCCGCCAUCAACUGCACCGAGGCCGAGAUGGCCGAGGCGGUGGAAGGACACGUCACCACCGAGAUCGUCAUGCUCAACCCCGAGAACACCCGCAGCAUCUCCAACAUGGAGUUCAUCGAGAAGCUGCAGAAGCGACUGGGCAAGAACCCCGAGGAGACGGGUGGCUUCCAGGAAGCUCCACUGGCCUACGAUGCCAUCUGGGCGUUGGCCCUGGCCCUCAACAAGACCUCGGCGGAGCUGGUCAAGAAGGGGUUACGCCUGGAGGACUUCAACUACAACAACAAGAACAUCACCGACGAGAUCUACCGGGCUCUCAACUCCUCCGCCUUCGAGGGCGUCUCCGGCCACGUCGUCUUCGACGCCAGCGGCUCCCGCAUGGCCUGGAGCAUCUCCCCUACCCUUGCAGGAGGUGUCUACAAGAAGAUCGGCUACUACGACAGCACCAAGGACAACCUGUCCUGGUACAACAACGACAAGUGGAUCGGAGGUGCCCCACCAGCCGACUACACCAAGGUCAUCACCACCUUCCGAUUCCUGUCCCAGAAGCUCUUCAUCUCCGUCUCGGUCUUGGCUUCGUUGGGCAUCCUCCUGGCCAUCAUCUGCUUGGCCUUCAGUGACACGGUGUCUUCUCCACGACCCUCCCCCAGGUACAUCCAGAACUCCCAACCGUACCUGAACAACAUGACGGCCGUGGGCUGCACGUUGGCGCUCGCUGCCGUCUUCCCCCUGGGGCUGGACGGGUACCACAUCGGGCCGGGGCUGUUCCCCUUCGUCUGUCAGGCCCGGCUGUGGCUCCUGGGAUUGGGGUUCAGCCUGGCCUACGGCAGCAUGUUCACCAAGAUCUGGUGGGUCCACACCGUCUUCACCAAGAAGGAGGACAAGAAGGAGAAGAGGAAGACCCUGGAACCUUGGAAGCUCUACGCCACCGUGGGGCUGCUGGUGGGGCUGGACGUGGUCACGCUGUUCAUCUGGCAAAUCGUGGACCCGUUGCACCGCACCAUCGAG